GUGCAGUCUGUGAGAUUCGUCGCACGAUUCUGCACAAUCCUUCUGUCUCCAUUUGCUCCAUUUCACGAUUAUUCACUUUUCGCCCAGUGAAUGUUGGAGCAUUUGGAGCAGUGGGAGCAGCGAUCAUGACGCACGAUCGCUUUGUGGGAUAAAGGUUAAUAAUUGCGGAAUCGGAAUGAGCGAAGAGCAGCGGAGGGCGAGGAGUUCGGCUCGAAGUUACAUGAUCGGUGCCUACGAUACGUGCCGCAGAACGACGACGGGAAUGUGCGCGUUGUGCUUUCUCCCCCUCUCGCGUACAUAGGACAUCGCGACAAUUUUGACGAAAUGUCGCGCGGCUCGCAUACGUCCACUCGAGUCUCGUCGGCGUCGCGCCACCAGGACUCCACGAUGUCAUUGUCAAAAGCUUCGCCGGACGAGCUGGCGAUGCUGACGAGAUACUUCCGCACGGGUAAUCAGUGCGGCAUCGCCACCUGCCUCGAUCAACUCAAGAGUGAUCCGAAGCGUUGCAAGGAGUUCAUCAAGCGGACCAGCUACCUCGACAUCCUCAUCCAACUUCUGCGCUGCGAGAACCAAAGGAUCGUCGACAGAAGCCUGAGCAUACUCGCGGACGCUUGCAUGAUCGACGAUGUCAGGAAGAAGGUGAGAAACAGCAAGAUAGAAUUCAACGUACUGCUCAUAAUAGAAAACCUCGAGCAGAAUGCCAUGCUGCACUGUCGUGCUUGCAGGCUCGUCAGUAACUUGUCCGAAUGUAGCUGGCAUGCCAAAGAAAUGUGCGAUGCUGGGAUAAUGAAAGCACUUGUGGCACUCCUAACAUCAAAAACCAAUGUAGAUACUUAUUGCAUGGCUAUUAGAGCUGUAAGAAACAUCUGGAAUGUUUACAAAAAUAUUAGAGAGACGAUGAUGAAAUUGGAGAUUGUCAAGCUAAUUACUCAAUUAUUCGUUAUGGCCGAAGAGAAAUCUAAUGUAGAUGCUAAAUACAGCAAACUUGUGGAUGCAUGCUUGAAGGCCAUGUGUAUAUUUCUCGAUACUUUAGACCCGCGAUGCGGCGAACAGAUGCACAUCAACAAGAACAUGAGGGGCUAUAAAUGCCUUAUGCGAUGCUGCAGCAACAAUAAGAUUGCUGUCAAAUGCCUCUACACUCUCUGCCAGAUAGCAGAAUGUCGAUUGAAUCUGGGUAUUUCUGGCACAGUCGAGGAGCUUAUAACCCUGAUAAACAUGGCGGACACUAGCUCCAGCCAUCUGUGCAAGGAGAUGCUAUUUAGUCUAUGUUUGUUUUGUCGAGAAUCGGUAAAUCGAGAUAGGAUUAAACAGGGCGAUGGGUUGCAGGUUCUCGUGGUAUUGUUGAGCAAACCCGAAUACAAACAUCAUCAUCUUAGAUUGUUAGAAGCUCUCUCACAUUUUAUCCAUGAUGAAGACGGCCUCGACAUUCUAACGAGACAUGGUAUAGUGAAGGUCUUAGUAGUGAAACUGACAGAAAUUGUAACUAAGAACAGCGAAAGGAGCAACAUAUCAAGAAAACGUUCUAGCGAUUAUCUGAUUGAUGAUUGUUGCAAAAGGCCUUCCAAGUAUCCAACUUCGAGAUACAGUAUGGAUUUUUACCGCGAUGAUUGGAGUCCGAGGAGCGUUACAAGUGCCUCCUCCUCAUCGCCACCUAGCACACCAACUAGGCCACCUUAUUUUGAGUUAAAUUCAGAAAUGGAUGAUCUCAAAGAUGACGUUUACAGUCCGGUCUACAGCGAUAUGGAAUGCGAUAAUGAUGAAGAGAAAGAAGCUGGUUCCCCUAAGAGCUACAAAUCGCUAACGACCAUUGAUUCUGAUUCUUCUUCUCUGAACUCUGAGACGCCUUCGGAUACAAAUGCUUGUGAAUAUUAUACGAUAUCGUUACUGAAUAAACUGAGUCUCUCUCUUAAACCUGUAGACAAACUGGCUGAAUCAAUGACCAUCAAAUCGCUGAUGGAUUACAUAAAAUACGCAAAAAAGCAAAAUCCCCUAAAAAGCCAUGCAGUUAAAAUAUUGAUAAGAAUCAUGGGGAAUGCAGUGUAUUUCAUGCCUCUGCUAAAGCAAGGAUUAGUAUUUGAGAUGCAAACUCUGCCGGAAGCAGAAGAGUGCAUGCAAUAUUUGCGCACAGUGGCGGAAACUGGCGGUGCUACCGGGCAGCUAUCGUUUAUAUUACUGCGCGGCGAAGAAGAAUGUAAGUUGUUGACUGCGGUAUCGAUACCACUUCUCAUUAAGACACGGGAUACGCUCAAAUGCUUGCUGAAGAAGUACGGCGGACUAGAGCUGAUAUUUCGCCUAUUGGCGGAUUCAUCACACAAGUUACACAAACAGGCGAUUUGGUCUAUUUGUAAAUUGGCGAAGACACUCGAAAUUCAUCCAUCGGAUGAUUAUUCGAUUGUUGAAACAGCGACGAACGCUAGUGCGACAAAUCGUAUGAAAUCAUCUGUAUCGUCGACGGUAAUAUUCGAAUUGGAUGACGGCGCGACUAUUAAGGCUUGCAAGCAAGUAUUGUGCCAGCGUUCACCCGUCUUCUCCGCUAUGCUUGAGGGUAACUUUAGUGAGGCAAAUAAGAGACGAGUACGAUUGAAGGACACGUCACGGAACGGCUUGAAGACCCUGAUACUAGCGACAAACGGAGUCAAAUUUGAGAAUCGAAGCAUCGAGUCGCUAUUGGAUGCUGUGCUAUUGGCCGAUUAUUUCCUCAUGCCGGACCUGAUAAACAUAUUGACAGAGAACUCCAUAAACAAGCUCAAUCACGAAAACUUCUAUCGAGCCUGGCGCUGGGCCAAGAAUCAUUCCUGCCACGAGUUUAGAUCUUAUUGCGUCAAGAGUUUACUGAUCACGAAAAUGUCGUGGAGUGAAACAAUGCGGACGUUCCGUGAGUUCUCUACUGCUAAUGCCUUCAACGAGUUCCUAUGCGAGAUCAGGGACAUAAUCAUGGACGUGUUGUGCCAAUGUUAAUGAUAUUAGACAAUAGAGUUCAAACCAGUGCAAUGGUGACGAGAAUAAAGAAUAUUUCGAUCUCUACAAUAAAUCUUUAAAGAAAAUGAAUUCUAAGAUAGAAAUAGAGUAAACUUUUUUAUCAUUAAUUUAUGUGUUUACUCUGUUCUUCAAAAUCUUUUUAAAUAAGAAUUCUUUAAAUGAGCUUUGUGCAUUGUUAUGCGAGAUUAAUUGAUAAUUAUACAAGGUGUCUCUGAAAGAUUUAAAAACUUUCAAGAUUUUUAAUAGAGGUAAUAGGAUAGGUAAAAUAGAAUAAAAAUAUUCUAACAUAAUCAAACAAAGGUUAUAACAAGUUUGCAAUAUACUACCAUUUUCUCCUAUGCAAAAUUAAACUUGUAAUUGUUUCAUCUUAUAUGUAUUUACAGUAACAAUAUUACUCACAACUAUGAUAAAAUUUCAUGUAAAUUUUCUUAAUUUUUAAAUAUAUUUGUAUAAAUUAUUUAUAAAAAAUUUAUUAAAAAAGUUCAAAAACAGCAAAAAAAGAUGAUUGAAUUAUGUAACCAUAUGCAGACAUAAACAUUGAGCCAUACUUAUGAUACCCGCGAAACUUAUCAAAGAGAGAGUUUAUAAAUAACAUUAUUAAUAUUAGAUAUUGAUGCAUUUCACAGUUUUUUAAAGAUAUAUAUACAUCUCGACGUUAUUAGAUAUGCAUUUUUUGAUGCUAUAUUAAUAGAAAUCAUCUUCAGAGACACCAUGUAUAUAUGCUAAUUGUUAAAUAUAGACGAGUUUUUUAAUUAAAAUACUCGUCUCAUUUUUUGUUAUAUAAAAUAUUAAUUCUGUACAUAUCCUAAAAUAUUCUAAGAAUAUUCUAAAUAUUUGUACAUAACAUACAAAUACUUACAAAAUCAUUAUCUUCCUGUAUUGAUGUUUUCAUAUUUAAAAAUAUACAAUAAAUUUUGUUCAUGAAAUGUCUCGAAAAUAUCAUAUUAUACAGAGUGUCUGCGAAGUCUAUUUUCAGCCCCUAUAUUUUGGUUUAAAAUUGUAAAAAACUAUGAAAUAUAUAUUCAAUUUUGAGAAA